AGGGAUGCUAUUUUGGGCAGUGUGUUUGGACUUGGCCCAAGUGGCUUGGGCCAAACCCCUGCCCCACUGACUUCUCCCUUGGAGAAGCAGAACAAAGCGGUACGUGGGGCCGCCUGAGAAAGGCUGAGAGGCACACUCUAGACUUCGGACACAGGGCAGUGGAGCCCCAGCUAGGGGUGCAGCCAGAGCCUGGGACAGUCAUGGAGAAACAAGACUAAGACUUGCUAUAACUGAGAAGCCCCCAACGUGGACGCUGAGAAACAAGGCACUUUACCAGAGAUCUAAAAAUCUCAAAGACAAGACAUGGCUCAAUCAGAUAGGAAAAGGCGGUCUACCCACAACUCCAAGAUGGUCUCGUCACCCAUGGUAACAAGGAUGCAAGCAAUAAUGCAGAAGGAGAUGGUGCGAGAGUUCCUGGGCGAGUUCAUGAGCACAUAUGUUAUGAUGGUGUUUGGCCUUGGCUCUGUGGCCCAUAUGGUUCUAGGAGACAAAUUUGGGAGCUACCUCAGUGUCAACUUGGGUUUUGGCUUCGGAGUCACCAUGGGAGUGCACAUGGCAGGGAACAUCUCUGGGGCCCACAUGAAUGCGGCCAUAACCUUCACCAGCUGUGCACUAGGCCGCAUGUCCUGGAAGAAGUUUCCUGUAUACAUCCUGGGUCAGUUUCUGGGUUCCUUCCUGGCUUCUGCCACCAUCUACUGCCUCUUCUACUCAGCCAUUAUCCAAUUCUCGGGCGGACAUCUGACAGUGACCGGUCCCACAGCUACCGCUGGCAUUUUUGCCACCUAUCUUCCUGAGUACAUGACGUUGUGGAGGGGCUUUCUGGAUGAGGUGCUAGUCACAGGGAUGCUCCAGCUAUGUCUCUUAGCCAUCACGGACAAGGAGAACAAUCCAGCACUGCAAGGGACACAGGCCCUGGUGAUUGGCAUCCUCAUUGUUGUCAUUGGAUUGUCCCUGGGCAUGAACACAGGAUAUGCCAUAAACCCAUCCCGGGACCUGCCUCCCCGCUUCUUCACUUUCAUUGCCGGCUGGGGUGUACAGGUUUUCAGGGCCAGGGACUGGUGGUGGGUGCCAGUGGUGGCGCCGCUGCUGGGUGCCUACUUAGGUGCCAUCGUCUACGUGGUCUUCGUUGGCUCCACCAUCGCACAGAGGCCCCAGGUAUUGGAGGACUCCACCAUAUAUGAAGACCGCAGAGUACCUGUGCUGCCCAAGACCAUGCCGGACCCACCCACGACCCUCAGCCCUGUCUCUGUGUCUCCCAGCAACAGACCUUCAGUCCGGACUGUCCCACCCUUAAGUGACCCCAUCCACUUAGAGCACUUCUAAGUAAGAUGAUUUGUGACCCUAUCCCCACCCCAAUAAAGAGAGCCUUGUCCCACAGCGGCA